AUGCCAAUCACCCCUUGUCCAAACACUAGACAAAUCGAAUACCUUGAGAGCCGCAUUGCUGCCCUGGAAGGUCAAGGGUCAGGCGGUUCCGACGAUGUAACGAUUCGUCCGGCCCAAACGCAAGUCGAAAGGGCAGCCGAGCAACACUGCGAACCGCACCCCGGAGACUCGCCCAGUAUUGCAACGAGAGACACAAGCAGUGUUGGCAGCGACGGAACUCAGCAUCGGCGCCAGCAGUCGCCUUUUGACCUGGGAACUCGAACGUCGACUGGACGUGUAGAUGGGAUGGGGGCAAUUGCAUCCAGCGGAUCUGCUCUGUUCGACAUAGAGCCGGAGAAAACGGGCUUCUUUGGCUCUUCAAGCACUGUCAGCUUCACCGCCAAAGUCAGGCAUAUUCUGGCUCGACCCGACGGCGACUUGUUUGACGACGUUCAGCCCGCGCUCUGCAGGCAGAUCAUCGAAGAUUACGCGAUUCCUGCCCGCCCCGAGGCUGACUCGAUACUUGCAUUAUUUUGGGACCGAAUAUAUCCCCUCUACCCCUUCAUCGAUCGGCCAAGUUUUGAAAAAUCUUAUGGUCAGCUCUGGAGUCCAGCCUCCACAACAUCUCGAACAGCCAACCUCCCCUACCAGAACUUGUCGGGAGUAGACCCGAUUCCCGAAUCGCGCAGAUUUCAUCUCCUUCUCAAUGCUAUGUUUGCUUUAGCCUGCUCCUGGGAUGGGCUGGACGGCUAUUCGGUCCAGAAGGGCGAUCUCUACUGGCGACGGUGCAAACAACUAAUGGAGCUAGACUUUGACAUUUUCAAUGUCCCGCGACUUUCCCUGGUUCAGGGGUUUUUAUACACGGGAUUGUACCUCCAAAGCACGACGGAAAUGACUUCUGCCUGCUGGAAUAUCAUCGGCAUAUCGGUACGAAUGUCCCAAACGCUGGGACUCCAUUGCGGGGCACAGCGCCAGCAGGACGGAGCCGAGCAUGAAUCGUAUGGAUUGCGAUGGCGCAUCUGGGUCGGCUGUGUUGUGAUGGAUCGAAACCUGUCCACCAUCUACGGCAGACCGUCUAUGGUGGGAUUCUCGGCUCCAAUUCCCCGCCCACCGACUCUGGGUCAGUCUCGAGGCGACUCAAAGUCCACAUCUUUUUUGUCAAGUCUAGGCGAGCUCAGCGUCAUCUUGAAACACAUGGUGAAGAACGUGUAUGACUGCGACGACGACCAUGAUCUAGGAAUCUCCAAGUCCAGGGAUGCUGGAAAACCGACGACAAUGAAACAGCGAUUUGAGACCGGGAACUUCCAAGACUUUCUGGACUUUGAAGUUGCCCUUGCCAAUUGGGAGCAGGGCUUGCCGUCAGAGCUAAGGAUGCCUGCAACGAUGACGGCGGCACUUGAACAGGUCGUGGUGGAUGCGCAGUCGGUCCUCAUUCGAAUGCAGUGA